AUGAAAUUUGCAAAGGUUCUUCAGCAAACUCUCAUCGAAGAGGAUCUUCCCCAAGAAUGGGUGGAGGCAGCGAUCCAGUAUAAAGUCCUCAAGAAGUGCAUUAGCAGGAUCGUGAAGGAGCUUGCAUUUUUGGGUCUUUCCCAGGCAGAUUUGAAGCUACUCUUACAAGACGAGGAGCUGGAUUCUUCCAUAGAAGUUGCUACCAAUGAGGCCACUCCCAACAAUCCGAUUGUAGCGCACUACACUUUGAAAAAAGCAAACUCUCACAUUGUGCCGUAUUUAAAAAUCGUGCUCAACAACAAUGAGUCGAAUCAGUAUUCACCGGACCGUAUCCAAGAACUAGCCGGGCAAAUCAGAGCUAAGUUACACUCAGUCAUGUCGACGGACGACGAGGACCAUCACAUAAUCGAACUCAAGGAAGACGAAGAUCUGUUUGUGCUUUCUCCCACAACGUCAAUACGCGAGGAAGACGCAGAAAGCAUUGUCAAGGUUGAGAACCACAAUGAGAUUGUGAUCAUGCUAAACUCCGAUUCCAAGUUUUUCCGCAUGUUGAGUCUGGAACUCGAGAAACUCGACGAGAUCCGAACCUCCGAGGAAAAGAAGUUGAUUGACGAAAUCGACGCUCUUAGCAACACGGUGCUUCUGCUCACAAGGAAGAAAUCCGACCUAUACACAUGGCGAGAAUUCUUCCGGAUAUAUCUUGACUCCGAAGUGUACUUUCGGUAUAACGAGACGUCCCAGAGUCACCUGGAGCGAUCUUCGGAGCAAAUCAAAAGAAACUUGCAAGACUUUGCGGACCGGGCCAAAAAGGCUCGUAUAUCUGAACGCUUCAAGAGUAAACUGGCAGUUUCUGCCUACAACAGCUUCUUGCAGAUGAACACGCAACUUCUCAAAAUCAUUCUGUACCAGUCGAUCAACAGCACGGCAUUGCGGAAGAUUUUAAAGAAGUUUGAUAAGCGCACGUGCUUGAACGUGUCGGGCCGCUUCCCAGAUCUUAUAUCCAAAGACCAUGUUUUUGUACACGGCUCCUCAGUGGCGCAGUCAAUUUGCUUCGUUAUGCAGAACAAGUUGCUUACUCUUGUUCCACAACUCGACGACUACACAUGCCCGAUAUGUAUGUCCAUUGCGUUUAAGCCUAUUCGACUAGAUUGCGGCCACAUCUUUUGUGUACGGUGUCUUGUCAAAACCAAACAAAGGGGAAGAACGGACUGUCCGCUAUGUCGGUACCAUGACGCCAUUGCCAUCGCAGACUCCAGCAACUUGGACUUGGAUGCCAUGGAACUCAUCAAAAAGAACUUCCCCAGAGAAGUGAAGGAGAAGUUGAAAGAAAUUGACCAGGAGCGGUAUAAUGAAUUGGUGAAGCACAAAAAUUGUGUCAUAUCAUAA